AUGAGCAGCACCACCGCCGGCACCUACCCGGCGGAGAGCGUCAGCUCCUGCGACCCUCCCACCCCGCCUCCUUCCCCUCCCCCUCAUCCGGCACCGGCGUCGGCCAUCCACGGCGCCCCACUGAGGCGGCGGUUCGACUUCGCCGACGCCAGCUCCGGCGGCGACCUGCACUUUGACGCCGACUUCAUCCGCGCCGUGGAUUACAUUGAGCGGGCCCCGCUGUGCGUCUGCGGGCGAGGCCGCUGCGCGUUGAAGCGGGACGAGCAGCGCGGCCGGUGGGUGUACGUCUGCCCGUCGCAGCCGAAGUGCAACCAUGUUUCCGUGUGUGAAGAAGUAGGUCUUGAUCCUGAAUUACAACCUGCUGUUAGGAGCCAUCCUAAACCAAGCAAUAAUUGCGUGAUCAACAUCUCAAGCAAUCAUGUUGCUGAACCUAGAACACCAAUUAAUAAUGUUAAUCUCCGAGUUGCUGGUGCCACAACUCCAAAUAUUGUCAGCCCCCAGGCUACUAUUCCUAAAACUCCACUUAAUUCCACCUUCCAAAGUGCUGGUACUUCAACUCCACUUCAUGUUAAUCCAAAAGGUCCAAGCGCUACAGCUGUGGUUAAAAUUAGUCCCCAAGGAGCUGGAUCUAAUGAUAAAUCGCCAAUCUGCAAGUGUAACGCAGGGAAGUGUAUAGUAUUGAGAAAGGGCAGCGAAGACUACUAUGUAUGUCCUAUACCCAAGGGAUCAGGCGCCUGCAGUUACAUGGCACCUGUAGUUGCUGCUGUUAAUGAACCAACAGAAACUGGAACAAGGGGGGACAAGCAUUUGAAGGACAAUCUUGUUGAGAAGGAAGAUAAUGGAAACAAUCUAGAUCAAGCACAAGACAACAAUGCAAAUGGAUCAGUCAAUCCUCCUCAACGUGAUGAGAAAGAAGUUCAUGGAAACAAUCUAGUUCAAGCACAAGACAACAGUGCAAAUGGAUCAGUCAAUUCUCAAUCUGAUGAUGAAUGGCCAUUUGAAGUUGUCGAUAAUGAAAUUGUACUCACAGCCCAAACAAGGACAAGUGCUGAAGUUCAUCAGGCAUCACCAAGUAUGAAGUGCGAAACGACUGCCAUGGUAUCAGAAGCACCCACAGAAUCACCCGUGCCACCUUAUGAUACCAGCAGUCCCAUUAAUCCACGCUCAGAAAACAGUGUGUCCCCAACUUGUAGGAUAUUAGAAGCAUGUGGUGAACUGAUGAUCUCAUGCUGCUCUGGUCUGUGUCCCCCAUAA